AUGGCAAGUUAUGUAAAAUUCUUGAAGGAUAUCUUAAUAAAGAAAAGAAAGAUCAGUGAGUUAGAAGCAGUAGCGCUAACGGAGGAGUGCAAUGUGUUGAUCGACAACAACAUUCCUGAAAAGCAGAAGGAUCCGGGCAGUUUCACUGUCCUUUGUUCAAUUGGAGAAAUAGACAUAGGGUAUGUGUUGUGCGAUCUUGGAGCAAGCAUUAGCUUCAUGCCCCUUUCAAUCUUCAAGAAACUGGGAAUUGGUGAAGCUCAGCCCACUUCUGUAAUGCUUCAACUUAUUGAUAGGGCUGUCACGUGUCCUAAAGGAAAUGUUGAAGAUGUCUUGGUAAAGGUUGAAAAAUUUAUAUUUUUAGCAGACUUCAUCAUCCUAGACUAUGAAGCUGCUCGGGAUAUCCCAAUCAUCCUUGGAUGCUUGUACCUUGCUACUGGAAAAGUGUUGAUAGAUCUAUAUAAAGGCGAACUUACUAUGUGUGUCGACAAUCAAGAAGUUAAAUUUAAUGUGCUAAAAGCAUUAAAGUUCUCAGAUGAUGAAGAGCCCUAUCGACUCAAUUGA